CCGAACAACAUACUGGAACUGAGGCAUACCGAAGUACCGCCUGAUUUACGUCGCAAGGGUUUCGCAAGGCAGCUCUGCAAGGAAGUGUUUAAAUUUGCAAAAGAGGAAAAUCUGAAGAUUGUGCCGACGUGCUCUUUCUGCCACAGAUAUGCAAACGAAUGGGCAACGCCCGAGGAGCGAGAACUGGUCGUUAAAAAUAUUCACUGCUAA